AUGGCAGCUCAUCAGGUUGCGUCUGUCGCAGAUACACUCCCAUUGGAAUGGAAAUACGUCUCCGAAGGCGGCGCGACGGCCGUAUUCUCGUAUGUCGGCCCUUCAGACCCUCAAUUCGACGGCAUGGUGCUCCGAUUGCGAAAAUGCCCACUUGGCCAACCUUUUCGCAGUGCAGAGGAAAUGACGCAGGAAGAACCGGACGAUGCAACUGUCGAAUUCCAACAGCGAUGCAUGGAGCGUCUAGUGCCGCCGAUCCAUCUUCCUCGCAUGGUUUCGGUGAAACUGAACGAGCCAUGGUUGAGGGCCUUCUCAGAAGCACAUAAUAUUGAUCGGCGAGCGGAACGGAGGAGAGUAGAUGAAAUCGAUUGGAGUAGAACCAAAGGUGUCCUGGCUACUGAUCUCAUUGGUACAGACGGCUUGGCCGUAGAAAUCAAGCCUAAAUGGGGUUUCCUUCCUUCUCCCAAGCACUUGACGACGACGACGUCCUCAGUGAAGGCGCGCACAUGCAGAUUCUGCAUGCAUGUCCACUUGAAGGUAUUGCAAGGUGACACCGACGUAUCUGUGGGGUACUGCCCUCUCGAUCUCUUCUCCGGCAAUCCUGAGCGGAUCAAACUAGCUUUGGAGUCUCUUUGGUCCUCUUGGUUGGCCACUGAUGGCACAGUCAACAACUGGAAAAUGUUUGUCGCCGGGAUGAUAGUCAGACCCCAGACGAUACACGACUUGAAAGUCACACUCUUAGGUCAUGGAUCGGACGAAGACGACCCCAACGUUCUCCGCGACAAAUGCGUGGAACUCCUCAUGCCCCUAUUGACCGACACGCCCGUAUUGAAGGUCCUUGCUAAGCUACAACGCACGCUAGAUAUUCUGGACAUCGAAGGUCUUUCGUCUUUAUGGCAUCGCACUCUCGUCUCGUAUGCCGACCCCGCGGCCGGUCCCGAUACACCUCUGUCUCCGGUAGGACAGACUUCUUCCUUGUUCGAAUCACCCGAUCCAACAAUCGACGACUGGUCUAAAUUCAUCGACCAGUACUUGAUGCAAAUUGGUACUACGACAGAAGAGGAGAAGAUGAACCACGCUCAACCUUUAACAUCGAACUUGCGGUAUUACUUGAUGGCCUACUUGCUCUCAGCGACCUUUAAGGACUGUUCUAUCAUCGUCAAGCCUACCAUGCCCGGGAUGCAUGGGAAGGAUAGCAUUACCAUCAUCGACCUUGACCCCAAAGGGAUGGAUAGAUUGAGAAAAUGGGAGAGACUGGAUGCACAGAUCGCGCUUGCUUAUGGUCGUAUAGACGAAGCAAGCAGGAAGAUAUGUGUCGAUGCUGGCGUGGACGCUUGGUAG